UAAAAAGGCCAUUAUAUUCAUAAGAAUAAUAUGCCUUUUGAUUUAAAUCUCUCUCUGUUUUGCCGAGAUUGAUUGGCACGCAGCAUCCAGCACAGCAGCCAAUCAGCGCUCACGGAUCGACGUGCAGGCGAUCAUCCCGCCCAUAGCGCUUAGUGCAAAGUUGAAAGCGAGUCCGGCGGAGCGCUGACGCGGAUGCUGAACUUUUACGUUAUAUAUCUUAUAUAGUUUUAUUCAUUGUUCGGGUGUUGUGCGUCUAUUCAAAAAAAACCACACACACACAUACUGAAUAUACCCAACUAAGACGACUCUUCAACUUUUUACUAAUAACUGAGUUGUUGUGGUGACAAAUAAACAGGUUACUCCCAUAUUUCAACCAUCUUUGCCCUAGUCUCUUACCGGACACCCUGUGGUGGGUUUCAAACCUAACCAGCAAUAUACUGCAAUGAGAAUGUGCUACCAACAGCUAACUCAUUUUUUCAUGGUCCUUCGAGCCGGAGUGAGACUUGCUGCAGGCUUAUAAGAUGUCAACAUAUGCAGUAGAUGAGCCAACUGGGCGCGUCAGAAGGAAGACUGCCCUUCCCGCCCGAUAUGAGGAUUAUGAUCUCACUGGCUUUGCCCUGCCUACGUUGUAUCCAGAACCCAUGUCACCACACACUCAGAUACCCUCCAACCUGUCAGAAGGUGAAGACCAAGAGGAGGGUGCAAUGGCAUUCAGUCUUCCGCCGAUUCCAGGUGAUGAGCCUCACAGUUCAGAAGAGUGGUCCGACACAGACCCAGGCAGGUCUGAGAAUGCCAUACUUCAGCAACGAAACAGGAAUCUCCGCCAUGCAAAUGAGAACAUGCGUCACACUGUACAGAUGAUGCAACAGGAAAGAGAUGCAUUGCAGCAGACAAAUCAGCAGUUUUCUCAAGAGCUCUCACAGCUUAAGCGUCAAAUGCAGCAGCUACAAAUUCAGGUUGAUCAACAACAACCUCAGCCCCAUCCAUCUGCUAUUCCUGCCCGUCAACCUCAUCCUUGCAAACCUAUUCCUGCACCACGCCAUGUUAAGCACGUGCAGUCUGCGGAGAGAAGCUUCAGGCCAGUACCAGCACCGCGCUUCAGGCGAGACAGUUCUUCAAGUCAAGAACAAUCCCCAGCUUUGGUGGCUGCUCCCAGAGACAAAAUGUACUCCCCCUAUGACAUUCCAAGUGCCCAGCCACCCAGCUGGGGGGCCCCAAAGGAAGAAUGCUACCACCAUGACCGUGAUUAUUAUCCCUCAUACCAGCGGGAGUAUGAAACCUCCUCACCUUAUGAUUCUGGCUGGCGCCACAAAAUGCCCCAUAGUUCACCAAGUCAAGUGCCUCAGUUUGAGCCAGAGUCAAUGUACAGAGGCCCUACUCCCACCAUACCAGACUUUGUACAUCCAAACCCGAGAGAGUUUUCACGGUUGAAGAUCGCCUUAGAGAACACACUCCCUGCUAGUGCCACGGAGAGGUAUAAAUUUCAGAUUCUUACAGACCAUCUCAAGCUAGAAGAAGCGUUACUCAUCGCUGAUUCGUACAGCCAUUCUCAAUACCCCUUCACAAGAACGAUGGCUGCGCUGGACCAGCAGUAUGGUCAGCCACACCAGCUUGCAUUACAACGAAUAGCAGAACUUAUGGAUGGCCCAAAUAUCAGCAGCGGGGACAUAAAAGCAUUCAGACUGUUUGCACUUAAAGUUCGGUUGCUCGUUGGCAUGCUGGGGCAGCUCGGAAAGAAGGGCACCUUUGAACUGCAGUGUGGCUCCCAUGUCUCCAGAUUAUUGGGGAAAUUACCACAUGAUCUUAGGUCAAGUUUUCGCCGGUUUGCACAUCCACACCGUGUUCCAAUUCCAACACUUCUGGAUCUUUCUGAAUGGUUGGAGUAUGAAAUCCAAGUACAGGAGGACACGUCAAGAUUUGUUACCAGCCAACCUAGAGGGCCCACUGCACGGACCAGAGAGGUAAUCAAAGACCACAAGUCCUUUAACAAGAAUGCAAACAUUCUGCUGAACACUGAGAAAGCCCUGCUUGACACGAGUACCUCAGCUCCUACUGUGAAAACUGUUCCAAAACCCUACUGCCCCUACUGCGAACAAAAUAAGCACUCUUUGAAUAACUGCUCAAAUUUCAAGCAACUCACUACAGAUCAGAAGCGUAACUGGGUCAAGGAGAACAAUCGCUGUUGGCGCUGUGGCAGGAGCCAUCAAGCAACGGAAUGCAGUCUGAAAAUGCGCUGUAAGCAGUGUAACGGUCGACAUCUGCUAGUUCUUCACGACAUUACAGUGAAAAGUGCUAAGAGCUCACAGACUGUGCCAAUUGAACCUGCUUCCACUCCUGCAACCAACUCCUGCCUUCUUAAUACCAUGAACGAGAUUCUUCUCAUUCGUAAGCCUCCUGCCAGCCGAAAAGUCCUGCUGAAGAUAAGUAAAGUAAUACUCAGGAAUGGAAAACACCACAUGACUGCCUAUGCUAUCCAAGAUGACGGGUCAGAAAGAACCAUCCUUCUUCACAGUGCUGCUCAACAACUUGGCCUCAAAGGUAAACCAGAAGACCUACCGCUCCGCACAGUCAGACAGGAGCUCCAAGUCCUCAGUGGUGCAGCUGUGUCAUUCUCUAUCUCUCCCCUGUCACAGCCCAAGAAGGUGUUUCACAUUAAAGGUGCAUUUACAGCCCAGCAGCUAAGCCUGGCUGAACAUACACAUCCAGUCAAAGCUUUAAGGGAGAAAUAUCAACACCUGAGGGGUCUUCCACUACGACACCUAGAGACUGUGCGUCCUGUGCUCCUCAUUGGUUCAGACUACCCCCAUCUGAUUACUCCAGUGGAACCGGUCCGCCUUGGACCUUCAGGGGGGCCGGCUGCUGUUAAGACGCGGCUUGGAUGGACAUUGCAGGGGCCUGUGCAGCAUCUCCAGUGGGAAACCAACGAACAACACUGUUUCUUUACCUCAACUUCAUCUCCUGAGACAGAUCUCUUUAAGCAUGUUGAAAGACUGUGGCAGAUGGAUGCGCUACCCUGGCGCAAUGAGAAGACCAGCACCAGAUCCAAACAAGACCGUGAGGCAAUCGAGCUCCUUGAUGCCAAGACGGUCAGGGUUGAAGUAGAUGGGGUAAAGAGAUAUGCCACUCCUCUGUUGCGGGUCAAAAAUAUGCCACAGCUGAAAGCUCCCAAAGAGGCAGUGAUCUCACAGCUGAGAGCUACAGAGAGGCGACUGGUUAAAAAUCCAGAACAAGCAGUUGCUUACUCAGCAGAAAUCCACAAACUGGACCAAGCAGGCUAUGCUGUUAAGCUGGAUCAGCAUGCUGAACAGGACUCUGCUUACUCAUGGUAUAUCCCACACCAUAUUGUCCACCACAAUGGGAAAAACAGAGUAGUUUUUAAUUGCUCCUUCAAUUAUCAGGGCCAAAACCUCAACGAGCUGUUGCUCCCAGGGCCAGUACUGGGACCGUCUCUACUAGCUGUUCUGCUCCGAUUCCGGGAACACUCCAUUGCAGUCAGCAGUGACAUACGUGGGAUGUUCCACCAGGUCAGGUUGCUCCCAGAGGACAGACCACUGCUGCGUUUUCUCUGGCGAGAUCUCAAGGUACAGGAACAACCUAAUGUUUUUGAGUGGCAGGUCCUUCCCUUUUGGGACCACCUGCAGUCCCUGUUGUGCAGUGUACGCCCUUCAAAAGCAUGUCCUUGA